CCAUGUCGUUACAGGACUGGAAAAACAGCCUACAUAAUCCGUAACUGCAUGAUGCAGUUACGGAGACUGGAUGUAGUCUGCAUCGAGUCUAAGUAAUUAUUAUACAAAAUGAGCAAAACUAAGCAUAAAAUUUAAUAUGAAAUAAGAAUUUGAGAGUGCAUGUGCACGAGUCAGCACGACUGCAGUCCCGAGCGCGUAUUCGGAAUUCGCCCAGCAAGCGCCACCAUUUCUCGCCAAAAUUUUCUAAUAGUCGGAGCUUGGUAGUCGGCACUGACAGAAAUCCCUGACCUGGAAACAGCAUAACUAGUACACGUAUAGUAUCUACGACGCUCUUCAACUUUACUCUUUAUAUAACUAUGUUAGCCUUUUACACGAUGUGGGCGAUUGCUUCAGAGUUGUAAACAGUCGCCUACAACAGUCUCACCAGGUCAUGCAGAUCCAUUCAUAUUUUGUCGAAAUCGUCUCCAAGAGGACAAAAUCCACUCUGCUCUGAACAUGUGGUUUUACGGAUCUGGUGCUACCGAAUUAUGAACUUUAUAGAUUACUCACUUUUUUCCUAUAAAAGUUUGGCUUAAUCAAGUUGCUGUCAGUAGUCAGUAGCGAUCAGAUGCUUUUGUAGUACCCAAGUACCUACACUUCGGUACGAAUUGACAGUACUGUAACUGUUGUCUGUUGGCAGUCUUGAACGUACGUACCAGUUUUGCCUAAAGUUAGAAUGCUAUCGUAUUAGAAGCCACAUUAACGCCGUUUCCUACCGUUUUUUAUUAUUUUCUAUUUUUUUUAGACUUUUUUAAUGGUUGUGUAGUUCUGGACUGUACGGGACUGUGCAAGCCUUCGCUAACAUGGCAUCUGUAGCGACCGGCAUUUAUAACCGGCAUAUUAAAUUGUGUGUCCUAUGUUUAUUAAGCGAUAGAUGACUACUUGACCGCCUUAUAUCUGUAUGUGAUAAUUAGUAAAAUAUCAUAAUAUACCGUGUGGAUAACCGUCGAAUCUAUCAGCACAAUGGACAGAGGCCAGGAAAAAUCUAAAGACUUCGAACCUUUUCGUCAAGUUCAUUCGGAUAAGACUACAAAUGCGGUUUCGGAGCUUUUCCAAGACUACGAAGAGGAUGAUCUGCUUAGUUUCGCCAAUCCCAACUACUCCGGCACCGGGGAAGAGUAUUCCGAUGAUCAUGAAGAUCUGCCCUAUGAACAAGAAUUCGACCAUCUGCUUCCGCAAGAUGCCAACGGGCAUUUCUGUUUACCUGAUUCGUUCACGCGGAUUGGUUAUGAUGAAGGUGUGCCAUCCAGGGAGAAAAUAUUUAUGGAUGAACCGGAGGAGACGGAUCCUGUUGACGAAGGAGCAAAGGAAGGCAUUUAUAAAGCGCUAGAUGAGUUUUACGUGAAGAUCGAAAAAAAUGGCAAAGAUGGACGAGAAAACGUAAAACGGCGCCAGAAGUAUGCCAGUUUGGGCAUCGACGAUAUGGGAAUGACCGACGAGCAGAAUGGUCAAAAGGAUGUGCUAUCGUCGCCUCGAUUUUCCGAGCCUUCGUCUCCGUCAACUGGCUCGGGACGGGACGAAUAUCUGCCUCACGGCUGGGAAAAACAUGAAGAUGAUGAUGGUCCAUAUUACUGGCACAUCCGAACAGGAACAAUUCAGCGGAAUCCACCCGAAGGCUCGACGUCAGACAGUGAACACAGUGUAUUUGAAUUUCCUGCACUGCAGGAGCCGACUGACUGGCCUGCUUCCUCCUCUCCGAACCAAAGCGAAAGCCGGGAUGAGCCGAAAAGAUUUUCCGUGAGAUCUUUAGGAUGGACGGAAAUCGAUGAAGAGAGCUUGACACCGGAGAAAAGUAGUCGUGCUGUGAACAAGUGCAUUCUAGAUCUCUCUGCUGGACGAAAUGACACACUGGACAGCAUUGGCCGAUGGGGCGAUGGGAAGGAUAUUUUCCUUGAGCUCUAUCCUGACAGGCUGUGUUUGGUGGACGCUGUGGAUUCAGUAGCACUGCAUACGCAGCCUAUUCAGACUAUCCGCGUUUGGGGAGUUGGCCGAGAUGACAGCAGAGAUUUUGCCUUCGUUGCCCGCGACCUGCAGACGAACAUAUAUAAGUGUCAUGUUCUUCGAUGUGAUAUACCAGCCCGCAGAAUUGCUCAUGCUUUAAAAGAGGUAUGCCAGGAAUACAUCGCGCAGCAUGAUACUUCCAGGGCAGACAAUGACCGAGCGCCUAAACGACCUCAUACGCUUUCAUUGGGUCGGCGGCGAAAUUCCUUACUGGCUUCCAGUAACAUAUUCCCAACUCCUAUUGAAGAACCGAAAAAGGUUUUCCGAGUAUUAUAUAUGGGAAGACGACCUGUGAAGGUUGGCGUGGGCAUCGAAGUCUUACACGGAGUCAUUGAUCAGAUGCUGGCUGAGUGUCCUGAAGAAGAAUGGAUUCCUGUAUCAGUAGCGGUAUCGCCGUCUACCAUCACUAUUGUAACUCAAGAGGACGAGCCCGAGGUCAUGGCAGAAUGUCGAGUACGCUAUUUGACGUUCUUGGGAAUCGGAAGAGAUGACAUACGAACAUGCGGAUUUAUUGUACAUACUCCGGAAGAUACGUUCCUCGUGCAUGUUUUCGCCUGCAGUCCAUCAGGUGGUCCAUUAUGCAAAGCAAUAGAGGCCGCCUGCAAGCUACGCUAUCAAAAAUUUCUGGACGCCCAUACGAAAGCGAUGGAAGAAGCGCAGAAUAGACGGAUUGUCACACCAACAGAGAAAAUCGGUGCCAAGUUGCGAAGUUUCUUUGGAGCAGUGAGUAGCCACCUGAGGACAUCGUAAUCACGAGAAAUCAGUGCACGUGCUGUACCGCUGGGUUGAUACCGCUGUGAUCUUUCUGUGCCGAAAUCGCGGCCCGGACAACCAGCUCUUCUCGCAGCGAUAACCUUAAUAAUGUGCAUGUUGUUAUUGCACUUGUUUAUGGCAGUACUGCUGUUGAUGUUUAUUGACAGAUAUUGGCAUGACUUAUGCGAAGUUAUACCAUGAUAUUGUCGUAAGCAUUAUUGAAAUCUCAGGUUUUUUUAAAUUUAGAAGUAUGGUUGUAUGUAUAUUCGCAUGUUACGAAAUGAAAUUAUCGACUUCUUGGGACAUAUUGCCUUUACAAGGUUAUCACAUUUUCAUAAUCUCUUGUUUGAAUAUGAACAGGUUGAACAACUGAUAUAUGGCGGUUAACAAGCUGGAAAAAAGAA